UUGAGCGAAAAUCUGAUGGAUCAAUUGUAAUGCACCAAGGGUUGUAUUGUAAAAGAGUAUUGGAGAAGUUCAAUAUGACUGAAGCAAAAUCAGUUCAAAUACCAGCAGACCCUCAACAUUCAUUAGAUGACAAGCAACAAAAUACUAAUUUAACUAGUAAAGUCCCAUAUCGUGAAGCAGUCGGAAGCUUAUUAUAUCUCAGUCAGAUUACAAGACCGGACAUAACUUUUUCAGUAAAUCUAGUUAGUAGAUACAUCGAGGAUCCAAAGGAACAACACUGGACAGCAGUGAAACGAAUUUUAAAAUAUUUAAAGGGAACUAUUAAUUUUGGAUUGGUAUUUAGUUCUAGACAAAAACUCAUGUUAAAAGGAUACAGUGAUGCUGACUAUGCAGGUGACUUGGAUACAAGAAGAUCAACAUCAGGGUCAGUAUUUACAUUAGGAUCUGGAAGUAUAGCAUGGAGUUCACGUCGUCAACAGUGUGUUAGCCUUAGCACAACUGAAUCAGAGUACAUAGCUUUAAGUCAAGCAGUACAAGAAUUAACUUGGUUAAAAUUGUUUUUAGGUGAAUUGCUGGACCAGCCAAAAACGGUGCCAACAAUGUAUGGAGACAAUCAAAGUGCGAUUAAACUCGUAAAAAAUCCAGAGUUUCAUGGAAGAACGAAGCACAUAGAUGUUCGCUACCACUAUAUAAGAGAAAAGUUCAAUGAGGGAUUGUUUUCAUUGGAGUACAUAUCCAGCAAGGAGCAGAUUGCGGACAUUAUGACAAAACCAACUCCAUGA